AUGGAGGAUAAACUCACAAGGGUGUUUUCUCGCACGCCUUCUUCUUGGGACCCACAGGAUGACCUCUUGCUACGACAUUUAAAAGAACAGCAGAAGUUGGGCUGGAAGGAGAUCGCCUCGCACUUCGCACACAGAACGCCAAACGCGUGUCAGUUCCGCUGGCGUCGACUACGUUCUGGUUCAUUGAAAGGUGCUAACGGUGGCUCGUCCUCUGCUCCCUCGUCGAAUCAGUCCACUCCGCCAACGGUUUUGGCGAAAGAUGGAACCUCAUCGCCGUCAACAUCUCCGCCCUCGCAAUCCCCGUUGUCAUCAUCUGCUGCGCUCACGCUCGGGAACGCGCACACACCACAAACAAAGCCCCAUGCCAAUGGGAAGGGUGCUGCUGGCGCUGGUACUAGCAAGGUGUCAAAGUUAUCACGUUCGUAUUCAUCCUCACAAUCAAGACCUAUGCAGAUACCAGAGAUGUCGUAUACGUUCAAACAGGCAAAGGGGAAAAAGAACAUCACCGCGGAAGACGAUGGUGCUGACCCGCUUUCCUCUUCGAUAAACUCGAGCUCAUCCGAUGAAUGGACUCCAGAGGAGGAUGGUUUACUCCUUGCUCGUCGCAGAAGAGCUUUGAGCUUUGCAGAGCUAUCAAUACUCUUGCCGCAACGGUCAGAGGCGGAGAUCCAUAAACGUAUAAGCACUUUGGAACCAAAGACUUUAAAGGAAACCCUCAAGGAUACCACGAAACACGUCUAUCUAACUGCAACCCCUAGACGUAAGCGUCAUUCUCACUCUGUUACACCGAUCCAUUCCGGCGGUGUUCUCCGUGAACGCUCCUUUUCAAGCUCAUCGCAAAACUCUGUGGGAUUCCUCAGCGGUGAUGCGCUAAGGUCUAAGUCUUUUAGUUACACGGUGCCGCCUUUGUUCAACAACAUGACUCCAGUGGGUGACAGAUACACAUUACGUAAGGGCUCGAUCUCUAACGUCAGAAGGAAUUCUGUCUUGAGGGAAAGUGCCGUGAGUGAUGACGAGGAUGAGAAACACACACCACCACCGAUCUCCAGAACCACCAGUGUAGCUUCAACUGCCACGAAUACUACAACAAAUUCCACUACAACAAAGCUGCCAUCUUUGGGUGUGCUGUUCCACGACUAUUUUACCAAGUGA